CUCAUUAAUUCGGACAAGAAAUUCUGUGUGGCUCUGCCAUGGCUGGGGCUGCUUUGCCACUCAACCACCACCUCCUCCUCCGCCUCUCGAGCUCGAGCUCGAGCGCUCGAGCGCGGUCAUGGCUCUCCCGUGGCGGGGAGGGCGCUCCCCGACCGACGACGAGGCGGGUCCGCUUCUCCGGAAUCCGCUGCUCUUCUUCUACCUCGCAGGCCCAGGAAGAAGAAGCUCCGGCGACGGCCGAGUCCUGCGUCAACACCGGUCUCGAGCUCUUCUCUAAAGGGCGGGUUAAAGAUGCACUGUCCCUGUUUGAUACAGCCCUUACUUUAAAUCCAAAUCCUAUGGAGGCCCAAGCUGCCCUCUACAACAAGGCUUGCUGUCAUGCCUACAGAGGGGAGGGAAAGAAAGCUGCUGAUUGCUUACGUACAGCUUUGAAGGAGUAUAACCUCAAAUUUGGUACAAUUUUGAAUGAUCCUGACUUGGCAUCAUUCAGAGCCUUGCCUGAAUUCAAGGAACUGCAGGAAGAGGCUAGACUGGGUGGUGAAGAUAUAGGCUAUAGCUUCCGCCGAGAUCUGAAACUUAUCGGCGAAGUUCAAGCACCUUUUCGUGGGGUUAGGAGAUUCUUUUACGUGGCAUUCUCUGCAGCUGCUGGCAUUUCCUUGUUCUUUACCAUACCCAGGCUUAUCCGUGCAAUAAAUGGUGGAGAUGGUGCUCCUGAUCUCUGGGACAGUGGAAAUGCUGCAAUUAAUAUCGGAGGCAUCAUUGUUCUUGUGGCAUUGUUUUCCUGGGACAAUAAAAAGGAGGAAGAGCAACUUGCACAAAUAUCCCGCAAUGAAACCUUAUCAAGGUUGCCACUGCGCUUAUCCACUAAUCGAGUGGUUGAACUCGUACAGCUUCGGGAUACAGUUAGGCCUGUUAUUUUGGCUGGGAAAAAGGAGACCGUUGCAUUAGCCAUGCAGAAAGCAGAGAGAUUUCGUACUGAGCUCCUUAGAAGAGGUGUUCUUUUAGUUCCUGUAAUCUGGAGUGAAGGAAAGGCUGCACCAUCAGAGAAAAAAGGGUUUGGUGCUUCUUCCAAAGCAGCUGCUGCUCUUCCAUCUAUUGGGGAAGAUUUUGAGAAGCGGGCUCAAUCUAUAACCACACAAUCAAAAUUAAAAGCAGAAAUCCGUUUCAAGGCAGAGGUCGUAUCACCCGCUGAAUGGGAAAGGUGGAUUAAGGAUCAGCAGAAAUCUGAAGGAGUUACCUCUGGUGAGGAUGUGUAUAUAAUAUUACGACUUGAUGGUCGUGUACGAAGAUCAGGCAAGGGUAUGCCAGACUGGCAGCAAAUUGUGAAGGAGCUGCCACUGAUGGAUGCAUUGUUAAGCAAGCUAGAGAGGUAGAGAUGCAGUCGCUUCUCUUGAAUGCGGACUUUCGCCAUUUGUGCUUACUUUCUUAAUGUGAGCUCAAUAGCUUCAUAGUGCCCCAAUCCGGUGGCAAGCACAGAGUCAUAGGAUAAUUACUAAAAAAAGUUGAUGUCCGGUAUCAUGCGAACCAGCUGCACUUCCCAAAACGGCUCUAACAUGAGUCAUGUGAUUUAGUUCUUUGAAAUUUCCAAGGAAGUGAAAUGAAAAACAUUCCAUCUGUUCUGCCUGAGCCUAGUCUUCCUAGCAAUGCAUAUGGGUCUUGAGGUGUUUGAUGUUGGUUUAGACACUGUCUGUGCUCUUUCAUUCCAUGGUUGUAUGGCUCUUUCGGUUCAUCUUAUUACCAUCCUAAGCUGCAAUUCCUGCCCCCUUCACGACUUCUUCAGGAAACUGACGAAUUGUGCUUAAGGUAAACUGUAGCAGUCCAUUAAUCUAGCCUAUGACCUUUUGUGCUUAAGGUAAACUGAGGAGUGUGCGUAUUUCAGAAAUACAGAGUUAUUUCUUCAUUUA